GGCAAGCAAACUGAGGCACAGAAUGGUCAAGAGCCUUAGCCAGCUUCCUUUAUACACUUUACUUCUGGAAACUGUCUUCUUGACACUCCUCCUCCCCAACAGGAUUGACUAGAGCCCCGUUGAUUAGCCUGCGGCUCCCUGGAUGCCGCCACGUCCCUGUGUUGGGCUGCUGUGAGGAGCGAGAUGACUGAGUAUACAGCGUGGAUGGACGCGCGCUUGACAUGCCACUGCUAAAGCUGUGAAGAUGUCUGACAAGAAGCACAUCGCUGCCAGAGCUUCCCUUAUUGAGCAGCUGGUGUCUCAAAGGGAUUUUGAGGAUCUUGGCAGCCACCUCACUGAGCUCGAAACUCUUCAAGUGACUAAGGAACACCUCCAAGAGACCGAUGUGACCAGGGCUGUGCACAGAGUCCUUAAAAACUGCCCCACGGUGUCUUUGAGGAGGAGAGCCAAACAUCUGCUGUCAGACUGGAAGGCUCUGUAUCAACCUCAGGACAGUCCUAGUUCAUUCCCUGUGGGUGGGGAAAAAGAAGGCAGUCCAGGGCUCGCUCUUGACCCAAGGCAACAGGAGUCAGUAGGCGUCUCUAUUUCUGAUUCUUUGCCCCUACCCCAAGAUGUUCUGACAGAGGCCACGAAAACGCCUGGAAACGGCGCUGGCCAAGUGGGACCUCCAGAAAAACAGUUCAGGAGGGGCAGUGACAAGAGAGCCAGUGAGCUGCUGGGCCCCACAGCGCCGGUGAGAACCAAGUGCACAGAACUGUUAUAUGAAGCUCUGGCCGCUUCUUCUGCAGGCCAGCCCACAGCUACCUUGCGGCGAGACUUCGCGAGACAAAUUGAAGACUGCAGCCAGUGCAAAACCUCUCACUACGACAGCUUCGCCUCUCUCAGAGGUGUUGACUGUAAGGACCUCGGCUUCAGAAGGUACCUUCUGGCUGGCAGAACCCACGACAACUUCAUCUGUCCCAUUCGCAUUGUUUGA